GUCUCAUCCCCUCACCUUACCUUUGCUGUUUGCAGUUUGUUCUGGUGGGGGCCUUGUAGGUGUCUUGAAGCUACGAUAGGCAAGAGCCUUGUGGUAUUGGAGAUGGAUGUCCAGCCAUACACUAUGACCGCCAGCCUCAAGUGAAACAGGAGCAAGAACAGAUACAUCGAUAUUCUAGCCAAUGAGUUCACUAGAGUCCAUCUUCACACUCCUGCUGGUCACACUGGGUACUCUGACUACAUCAAU